UUGGAAUGCGGUUUCGAUUUGGAUUUUCAGUGGAAAGAAAAAGAGCGAUUCCAUUUCGCGAACUCAUUCCAAAGGGCCAACUAGAGAGAAGUCUCCCCGCCGUCGGCCGCCGCUGGGCUUAACUGAGUUUAGGUAAUCGGUUGCCGAAUUGGAUUUUAUUACAGCUCACAGAACGACAAAGAACGGCUCCGACCUCCCGCACACCAACUCUCAAGCCAUGGCUAUAGCCGCCACCAUUUCGCUCUCUGUCUCUCCGACGACUCGCCAUUCCGCCGCCGCCGCUUUCAACCCCUUCCGAUCCUCUUCCUCCACAACAGUUUCCGUUUCCUUCUCCCCCGCCCUCCGGAUAACCUCUCUCCGAUCAAGUAUUCCAUUUCGAAACCCUAGCUUCCGCGUUUCGGCCACUUCGAUGAGCAUCCAAGCUCCCCAGCAAACAUCCUCGACUUCAUUCCUCGAUCGAAGAGAGAGCGGCGUCCUCCACUUCGUCAAGUACCACGGCCUCGGCAAUGACUUCAUCCUGGUGGACAAUAGGGGUUCUACUGAACCUCGAAUUAGUCCGGAGCAAGCUAAGAAAUUGUGCGACAGGAACUUCGGCAUUGGCGCGGAUGGAGUGAUAUUUGCCCUGCCAGGGACCAAUGACACUGAUUACACCAUGAGGAUCUUCAACUCUGAUGGUAGUGAACCUGAAAUGUGUGGCAAUGGAGUACGGUGCUUCGCCAGGUUCAUUGCUGAGUUGGAGAAUUUACAUGGGAACCACAGCUUUAAAGUACAUACGGGUGCUGGGUUGAUUGUUCCAGAAAUUCAAGGUGAUGGGAAGGUGAGGGUUGAUAUGGGCGAGCCAAUACUGAAAGCAGCUGAUGUACCAACUGGACUUCCAGCAAAUAAACAAGAAGCUGUCGUUAAAUCGGAACUGGAUGUGGAUGGGGUAACCUGGAAUGUGACUUGUGUCAGCAUGGGAAACCCUCAUUGUGUGACUUUUGGCCUAUUGGUUGAUGAGCUAAAUUUGGCUGAAAUCGGCCCUAAAUUUGAGCAUCAUGUUAUGUUUCCUGCACGAACAAAUACAGACCUUCUAUACUUCCACAGUAUAAAUGGCUCAGAUGUUGUCUACAUGGGUGAAGAAAAGAGUCUUGGGUUGAACGGCGUGGUUUGAGACAUUCUUAUCUGCUACGAUUUUCAGCAUGUGGACCUCUUCUUUGUGCUGCUGCGUUUUAGUUAUAUUCAUAUUGAGAUCAUCAUUUCUGGUAACUUGAUGUUAUUUGAUAUUUGGUUGGACUCGCAGAGUUUGUCCAAGUUUGCUCCCCUUCGCACCUGAAAAUGCGUGUCUGGGAACGCGGAGCAGGAGCAACACUAGCAUGUGGAACUGGGGCUUGUGCCACAGUGGUGGCUGCAGUUCUUGAAGGUCGUGCUGGAAGGAAAUGCACGGUGGAUUUGCCUGGAGGGCCGCUGGAGAUAGAGUGGAGGGAGGAAAACAACCAUAUUUACAUGACUGGCCCGGCUGAAGUAGUGUUCUACGGUUCUGUGGCACUUUGAAGUUUUUGGCAGAUGUUGGCUUCUUCACAUGCCCGUUUUUUGUGAAACUGUAAGGUUUCUAAUGUGCCUCUCCGAUUUGAUUUGAAACUGCUGUACCUUGCUGUCCUGCACAAUAAGUUAUCUUCUGAUUGUUGUGCGAUGGAAACUAAUCAAAUUUGAGCUCGUAUAGUACUCGAAUGUACGAGCGACGCCUAUAUAAAAAAAAAAAUGUAAGGAGCGACAUGUCAUCUAAUUUCUUUAAAAAAAAUUCUCAAAAUACAUACGUUAUAUU